AUGAGAGGCGCGUCUUACUCCCAGAAAUCCCUGACGGUGUGCGGCUCCAGCAAGAUGCGGGUGCAGAGCCCCUCUCCCUCCCGCUACCGGAGCUCGUCUAGCAGCCGCGGUCGCGCCGGCUUCCAGGGCACCGCCGUGGAGGUGGGGACGGAGAUACACCAGCUCCACACCAACGAGAAGGAGGAGAUGCAGGUGCUGAACGUGCGCUUCGCGGGCUACAUCGAGAAGGUGCAGGCCCUGGAGCAGAGGAACGCGGCCCUGCGGGCGGAGCUGGAGGCCCUGAAGAGCCGCUACAAGGGGGGCCCCACCGGCAUCGCCGACGAAUACGAGCUGAAGUUCAAAGAGAUGAGGGACCUGAUCGAGAUGCUGACCAAGGAGAAGGGCGCGGCCGAUAUCGAGAGGGGCUACAUCGAGGAGGAGGUGGAGAUGUGGAGGCUCAAACUGGACGAGGAGCUUGCGCUCAAAGCGGAGGCGGAACUGAUCCUCAGAGAGUUCCGCGAGGACGUGGACAACGCCACCCUGCAGAAGGCCGACCUGGAGAGGAGGGUGGAGCAGCUGGUGGCGGAGAUUGAGUUCCUGAAGAAGCUGCACGACGAGGAGGUGGCCGACCUCGUCAAGCAGAUCGAGGAGUCCAAGGUGAGCGUGGAGCUGGACAGCGAACGGCCCGACCUGGCGGCCUACCUGCGCAGCAUGCGGGCGGAGAUCGAGCUGGUGGCCGCCCGCAACGUGAAGGAGGCCGAGAAGUGGUACAAGACCAAGUUCGACACCCUGAAGGACCACGCCAGCAAGCACGAGGGCCAGAUGCUGACCAUGAAGCAGGAGAUCAGCACCUUCUACAACCAGGUGACCGACCUGCAGAGCCAGAUCGACAGCCUGCGCGCCCGCAACGCGGCCCUGGAGCAGCAGCUGGAAGACAUGGAGGUGGCCCACCUGGAUAAGGUGGCCGGCUUCGAGCGCACGAUCGCCCAGCUGGAGAACCAGCUCUGCGAGACCAAGGUGGAGAUGAGCAAGUACCUACAAGACUACCAGGAGCUGCUUCACAUCAAGCUGAAGCUGGAUGCUGAGAUCGCCACCUACAGGAAGCUUUUAGAGGGGGAGGAGAAGAGGCUGGGCAUUUCUUCAGAGGUCAAGUGUACCACCUCAGCGUCCCGCAGUGUGGAGACUCACACAGCUUCCAGAAUACCUGCCUGGUGUCCCCCCCCCGCCCCUCCGUCACAAUCUGCUCUGAGAAAGGCAUCAGUCCCCUCCCAAACCCUUCACACUGGAGUGUCCUGA